AUGCAAUUACCUUCAUUGAUAGAAGAUUUUCCUCACUCUCCCCCUUCAGUUUCCAAUAAUAAUUUUAAUCGGCUUGAUUUAUUAAUGCAGCGACAGCAACAGCAAACAGAUAAGACUUUCGCUGAAACUACUACUAACAAUGCUCCAUCAAAUUCGAACUCACAAAACAUAUCAAACUCAAACUUUCAAAACACAUUAAACUCAAACUCACAAAACACAUCGAGCACGACAAUACAACGCCCUGGCGUGGCGGCAAGUUUCUUAUAUAAGUUAACUGAAGUAGCUGCCUAUACUUCAACUUAUUUAAAUGUAGCUUAUCAGACUGUAAUUUCAACGGGUGGUGGAAAACUUGAAGAUGUACCAGUAAACGGAAGUUCUAGUAACGUACAUAGUCAUUAUCUUGACGAUGAUGUAAUGCAAAUUAAUGCUGAUUCGGAUGAUGAUCCCGAUAUUAACGAUGAUGAAUUAAGUGAUAAUGAAGUCGCACAAAGUAGUAAUAGUGUUGUGUCAAAUGAGAUGCGUAAAAAUCUUGAUAAAAAAUCUCAAUGUUCAUGGAAUGCGAAUGAUGAUGAAGAACCUCCUCCACCAUACGACAUUUCAUGGAUGAUGCCUACGGAAUCGACAUCUGGUAGUUCAAUGAUCUCAGGUUUAUCCGAGCCUGUUGUACAUAAUGUUUCGGAUGCUUCCACACCAACUUCUUCUCCAAGACAGAUACAAUUUGCUACACCUCAGGAUGACUCAACACCCCAAUCUUCUCCGGUUGAUUCUUCAUCUACCACUCCUACAUCUACUAAACGUAAACAGAUUCGUGUACGCCGUCCUCGACGAUUGUUACGUCGUAAAUCUUCUUCAACCGACAUUACAACCCAAUCUAGAUAUGAUGAUCAAGACGCGAUGUUAUUAAAAGUUAAUGAAAAACUCGCCGAUAUGAUUUCACAAGGAAAAGCUGCCCUAGAAAGCAAAGUUAAUGUAACAGAAGUCGAAAUUAUGCUUGCCGAAGAGAAAGAAAGAGAAAAUCGUAUAAUGAAAGAAAUUGGUCUUCAAUCUUCUACAACUCGUCGACGGAGGUUGACCGGAUCCUCUUCGGAUUGUGAUUAUUUUAGUGGAUCAUUAUCAGAUUCAGGCAGUAUUUCUGCACCUGAAUCUUCCUAUUGUGAUUAUGGUUAUGGUCAACCGUACCAAUCAGGUCUCCCAUAUCAAUCAGGUCAACCGUACCAGUCAGGUCAAUCGUAUCAGUCAAGUCAACCGUAUCAAUCAGGUCAUCCAUAUCAACCGAAUCACCCGUAUCAACCAAGUCACCCAUUUCAACCAACUCACCCGUAUCAACCAGGUCACCCGUAUCAACCGG